CAGAAAGUCGGCAUCAUCCCUCCCAAAUGACCAGUUCACCCCCGAGUCUCACCAUGGAAGACCGCCCUCCUGGCGUUUCCUCAAGAAAAUGGCGCUACCAGAUCCGGCCGGAGCGCUGUCCGAUCUGCGGCAAGGGGCAUCCGUUCAAAGCCGAGCUGAACAAGCACAUCGCGUCCAGACACCCGGAGCGUGCCGCCGAGUACAAGGUAUCGACUGCGAGGCGGAUUUGCGAGUGGUGUGGCAGGUCCUAUGCUCGCAAGGACCAUCUGACGCGCCAUCUCACCCGAAAGCACGGGCGCCAGAAGACUCGGACCAGACCCGCGCGGGCGGCCAGAGGAGGAGGCUUCGCUAGGUAAUGUACAAGGCAAUGUGAUGAGGGGGGCAGCACGUGUGUUAUAUGUGAGAUUUGUGAUGAUUUCAUUUUUUUUUUUUUCAUUUUUCUUUUCAUUUUUUUUUCUAUUUUGUUUUCAGUUUCUUUUCGCUUCGUUUCAGCUGGGAUACCAUGGCCGGUGUUAGGACGGUGGUACAGGUACUUGGGUCAGGGGGGAAGGGGGAGGGGGGGGGGAGGAUGCGUUACAUGCGCACCCGACCCCUGGGCUGGGAGUUUAUGACAAGCUAUUCUCGAGGCGUGAGCUACGUUUCAAAGCGGUAACGACACUUACGAGUUAAUUGAUUUCUCUUUUCUGUU